GAAGGUUUUAUGGCUCAGGUUGUGGCUGUGUACAAGGAAGUGAAAUAACAUAGCUGGCCUUUUACAAGUUAGGACUGGACUUUGGUUUUACUUUUAUUUUCUAUAAAACAAGCUUGCACAAUUGCAGACUCUUACUGCAAAGAAGAUAUACUCGCUAUUCUUUGGAGUAACUGUUCUUAACAGGAAAAAGACUAUUGCUCAGGACGUGGGGACCUUCCUGGACUCUUUUUCUAUCUGUAUUCGCUCACUUAUCUGGAGUUAAGGGGAAUUUUCAUGGGGGAAAAUCUCAGAGGAGGAGCCCAGCUCCAGAAUGACACUCUGAGAAAAUCACUGCGGACCCUCAAAGUUAAGCUGGUACUUCUGGGAAGCUCUGGUGUGGGAAAAUCCAGUCUGGCACUGCGAUUUAGCAAGGAUGAGUUCAGGAGGACAUCACCUACUGUAGGCUGUGCCUACCUGACCCGGGUGGUGCAUCUAAGUAAUGUCACUCUUCGCUUGGAGAUAUGGGACACAGCUGGGCAGGAAAAAUACCACAGUGUCACGCCACUUUACUACAGAGGAGCCCAUGCUGCACUCUUGGUCUAUGAUAUCAGCAAAAGGGAAACAUUUAUCAGAGCUCAGGUGUGGCUCAAAGAGCUUGAGAAACAGUACAUCCCAGGAUCGACUGUCAUAUGGCUGGUAGGCAACAAGGGCGAUCUAGCAACACAUCGACAAGUCUCAGUGGAGGAAGGACAGAGUCUGGCCAACGACAGGGGCCUAUUCUUUACAGAGGCAUCAGCACUGUCAGGGGAUCAAAUCAACGAGCUGCUUCUAGCUAUAGCCCACAGAGUGUACGAGUGUAUUGGAGUGCAGCAGGAGGGUCUGUCAGAGUGGAAAGAGACACCUCUUGUGGAUCUGCGUAAUAGAGACACAUCCAGUCCUCUUGCAUCCUGCUGCUAAGUUGGACCCUGAAAUAUUGCCUGUCUUUGUUUCUUUGUUUGUCCUCAUUAUUUUAUAGCUGAACUAUAGCAAUGCGCAACUCUUCCUACAUUAUGCAGCAAGAUUAACCAGCAUUAUCAGGUUUGUCGAUAUGAUGCUGAACUGAUACCACUUACUUUCAUUCACUGUCUCCUGCCUUCCUUCUGUUAACAAUCUAAGUGGAGAUCCCUCAAGCAAGAGUACUUUAAGUGAGACCUGUCAAUGUUAAUAGAAUAAUAAUAAAAAAGUUUUAAGAGUAUUUCCACCAUGGAUAUAAUAUGUUCCAUUGUCCUGGUCUGAAGAAAUUAUUUAAUUUGUAUCUGGGUGAGCACAGUCACCUGGAAGUGAUACAUAAAUGUGGCUUACUUGCAUAACUCUAUAAAAAAUCUUCAUUAUU